AUGGAGGGGGCAUACCUACAAGCGGUUAUAUCGACUGCCGUUCAAUUUCGAAUGAGCUUCGGACUAUCGAAUCACACAUUCCCUUCUGAUUUUAAAUUUGGAGCGGCUACCGCAGCCUACCCGAUCGAAGGUGCCUGGAACUUAGAUGGAAAAGGGUCCAGUUUUUGGGACAAUGUCACCCACGCGGUCCCAAGUAUCGUUGUUGAUGGAAAAAAUGGAGAUGUAGCCUGCGAUUCCUAUCACCGUUACACUGAAGAUAUUCCUCUGUUUGCAGAUAUCGGACUUAAUUUCUACAAGUUUAGCAUUUCCUGGUCAAGGAUUCUUCCCAAUGGUACCAUCGACAACAUCAACCAGAAAGGAAUUGACUAUUACAAUAAACUGAUCGAUCUGAUCAUAAGCAGAGGAUUAGAACCUCAGGCCGUGGCAUACAACUUUGAUACACCGUUUGCACUGACAAACGUAGGAGGAUUUACUAACGAAAGCAUCGUUCAACACUUCGUGGACUACACCGAUUUGCUCUUUAAAACUUUUGGCGACCGUGUUAAUUUCUGGAUAACCAUAAAUGAAGCGCAAACAUUUUGCAAAGUCGUGUUGGAAGAAGUUCUACAUCCAGUUGUGCCUCAAGAGCUUGGGGUCAAGGAAUAUCAAUGCAGUCAUAAUAUACUUAAAGCUCACGCCGCUACUUAUCGCAACUACAAAAAAAACUAUCAGGCUACGCAAAAAGGCAAGGUGGGUAUGGCGUUCAAUAUAAAUUGGUAUCUCCCAGCAACAAAUUCUCAAGCCGACCAAAAUGCUGCUGAACGAGCUAGAGCUUUUGUGUUUGAGUGGUUCGUGCAUCCGAUAAUAAAAGGAAACUACCCCCAAAUAUUGAUCGACCAAAUUGGUAACUUGAGCCGACAAGAAGGAAGAAAUGAGUCACGAUUACCUCAGUUUACCUCCGAGGAAAUCUCGAACAUUAAAGGCACUUACGAUUUUGUUGGAAUUAAUGCAUUUCGAACAUUUUUUGCAAGUGACCUGAGCGGCCAAAAUCUAUCUGUAAGCCUUCAGAAUGACAUCAGAGUGGCCGAAACUACAAAUUCUUCCCUCGACAAUUCUUCAUCUUCACCAAAAACAUUUAGAGAUUCUAUAGUUUACGCUAGCGACUACUGCAACGGCUGCGAAAUUAUCUUGACAGAACACGGAUUUAAUGCUCGCAAUGACGCUUUAAAUGAUACGGCUCGUAUCACUUUUAUGCAGACUUACAUGGACGAGGUUCUGAUCGCAAUUAACGAAGACAAAGUCAAUGUCACCGCCUAUACCGUGUGGUCUGCUAUGGAUUUCGUUAAUUUCCAGUUUGGUCUAACGACUAAGCUUGGAUUAAUUCAUGUGGAUUUUUCGUCGAGCAAUCUUACAAGAACGCCUAAACGGUCAUCGCAGUACUAUAAGAAUAUCAUACAGACAAGAAGUUUAACACAAUUUACGUUUUAAUGGGGAGGAAGUGUAAAGAACCUUCGGUCACAUUCACGAUUUGAUAGUUUUGCUUGUCAGUUUUUAAUUAAUAACACAUAUUUU